GUAAUAGGCCAUAAUGCAGAGAGAAACACAUGCAGAGAGAGAGAGAGAGAGAGGCACACAAAUAAGGAGAGAGAGAGUGAGGGGUGUACGUUGUUUAUGACAGAACAAUCUGACAGAUAACGCAUCACUCAUAAUGGUCCAAAGUCCAGUCCUACCCCAGCCAAUGAAACACACUGGCAUACAUAGUUCACAGAGGCAUUACACAUCUCCCAGCUGUGGAAUAGGUGGCCCACAUCUGAGAUUGCUGCGUGUAUGACUGUUUAGGGCAGAGGAGAAAGAUGGACAUCCUGGAAACAAGUGCUUUCGACCGCAGACAACGCAGGAACACGACCUGUGUACUGUUUCUUUAUCUCCUCCCUUUUUUUGCAUCCUGUGCAAUAUACUUCUACCUGUGGAUCCCAGACUCCGCCCCCUCUCUUCUGGCUGCUGGCAUAAAGGCCUCUCCUAUCCUCAGUCUGGUCCUUCUGGUGUUCAGUUAUAAUGGGGGGCGGAGUCUAGUGGGCGUGGCUGGAGGGUUGCUGCUCUCAGCAGGCGGAGACUGUUGCCUUAUUUGGCCAGAACUUUUUAUCCAUGGAAUGGCCUGUUUUGCUCUUGCCCACGUGGUUUACUCUAUUACCUUCCUGUCCUCUCGAUAUUCUGCUACAUCUUCAUCUUUCUCGUUCUUUUUCCUCUACCUCAUCCUGUGGUUGUUCGGCAUUGGAAUAUAUGCUUACCUGGUGCCCUUCCUGCGGCUUGAUCCUGAAGCUGACGUUCUCGUCCCAGCCAUAGGGGGUUACAUGUUUAUCAUCGUCAUCAUGGCCACACUAGCUGCUCGUACACGGCAGCCUCUCAUCCUUCUGGGCAGCCUGGUCUUCAUGGCGUCUGACCUCACGAUUGCACUGACAAAGUUCGAUGUCUUACAAGUAGAAUACAAAAAGCACAUUAUUAUGAUAACAUACUACCUGGCACAGCUGAUGAUUGCGCUGGGUGACGUGAAGGCAGUGCUGAAGGAGACUGCUGAUGAUAUCCACAAGUGGAAGAGAUCGUAAAACUGCUGUUGAUGGAUGUUUGCUCAGUGAUGCUACACAAACACCACGUUGUGUAUCACUGAGAAGAGUUGAACACUGUACAAAAUGGGGCCACUUUGCAUAAAGCUGUGUCUGUUUUACAGUAAACGCACAACUACAGUCCGGACAUGGCUUACUGUACAUCCCUAAAUAUAAGAAAUAUUACACAGUCUGACCUGUCAACAAAGACUUUCUUCUAGCUUCGCUUCAGCAGAUAAACUCCACCUAACACACUGUUCGCUGAACUGAACUGAUCUGAUUAAAUUUGAAAUUUAAUUUUGCAAAUCUGUGUGUAGUUUUGCAUAUUUCUGCAACUUUGAAGCCCCCUACAGUUAAGCGAAUGGAAUUCAGUGUCGUAAAUGUGCCACUGUAGUUACGGAAUUUCGUACCUGCUUAACAAACUGAAAUAUUCUCACAUCAAGCGAGGCGAGCAUGAAAAAUAAACAAAAACCAUUGCCCUCAGAAUGAUUUUCAAUUUCGUAUUUCAAGGUAAUAAGCUUACAUACAGUUGUUUUAAAUGUAUUAAGUCGUUUUUUUGUCAAAUACAAAUAUUUAUGCUCAGAUGCUCCACAUUGAAACCAUGCUAUAGUUUCUAAAGCAGAGAUGAGUUUGUCAAACUUGUGCAUAAAUAAAGCAAAUUAAGUCACAGUGUUA